AUGACCAAGGUUCUGUUGACUGGCGGCUCCGGCUUCAUUGCGGCCCACAUCCUCGACCAACUCCUCUCCGCCUCUCACACCGUCAUCACAACCGUCCGCUCCCAAUCCAAAGCCGACGCCAUCACCUCCGCCUACCCCUCCCAAACCACCUCCGGCCACCUCACCGUCGCCAUAGUCCCCGACAUCGCCCAACCCAACGCCUUCGACUCGGUCCUCCAAACCCACGGCUCCGGCCUCGAAGUAGUCCUCCACACCGCCUCCCCCUUCCACUUCAAAUUCAACGACCCAAAGAAAGAGCUCAUCGACCCCGCCCUCAUCGGCACAACCUCCAUCCUCUCCGCCAUUACCAAAUUCGCCCCCUCCGUCCGCCGCGUCGUCGUGACCUCCUCCUUUGCAGCUAUAAUCAACGAGGCUCACGUCUCCGACCCCUCCACCGUCUUUUCCGAAAAAUCAUGGAACCCGGUCACGAUAGAUGACAUCCACCGCAACCCAGCAACCGCCUACCGCGCCUCCAAGACCCUGGCGGAAAAGGCCGCCUGGGAGUUUGUGCAGAACAAGGAGAAUGACGCAAAGUUUGACUUGGUCACCAUCAACCCGCCGAUGGUCUUCGGGCCGGUGGUCCACCAUCUUGCUACCCUCGAGGCGAUCAACACUUCUAAUGAGAGGAUCGUGGAUGCCAUCAAGGGGAAGUGGAAGGGGGAGAUACCCCCGACGGGCCAGGCUUACAUCUGGGUUGAUGUACGGGAUGUGGCGACUGCUCACGUAAGGGCUGGGUUAGGACUUGUGGAGGGGGUAGCUGGGAAGAGGCUGUUUGUUGUUUCGGGGUGGUUUUCCAACGCUCAAAUCGCGGAGGUGUUGAGGAAGAACUUUCCAGAGGAUAAGGAGAAAUUGCCUGAGGAGGGGGUCAAGGGGGGAGAAUUGCCGGAGGAGGAUAAGAGGUUUGGGUAUGAUAAUAGUGAGACGACGAGGUUGUUGGGGAUUGAGUGGAUUGGCUUAGAGAGGAGCAUUGUUGAUACGGUGAGGAGUUUGAAGAGGGUCGAGGUUUCUGCUUAG